AACCGAACAACAGAUCGAACAACAGAUCGAGUGAGAUCGAGGAGUGAGCUAGAGUACUAGCAACGGGCAGCAAUAUAAUGGCGCCGAAGAGCCUUGUCCUCGCCGCGCUCCUCACCGUCGUCGUCGCCGCCGGCCAGGUGACCCGCUGUGCCGGGUUGGGGGCGAGCCCCAACGCCAGUGUCGUCAUCUCCGGCGCGGUGCCAUGCUCCACAGGGAACAACAUCAAUGUGGCCACGGCGCCGGCGUUCCCUAACGCAACCGUGCAGUUUAUGUGCUACGGCAAGGCGAUGGCCGGCGCCACAGCGGACUCGAGCGGGAACUUCGUCAUCACCAUUCCCGGUGCCAGCAGGGAUCAGCUCACCGCUAUAAUGAGCAACCAGUGCAACCUGGUCGUGACCACCCCACUGGCCGCCUGCGACGCGUCCCUGGCCGGCGCCUCCGGGAAGCUGGUGUCGCCGAUGAAGUUCCUGGGCAUCACCACCGGCAGCGGCGGCGGCGGCGGCGACCUCGGCCUCGGCGGGAUCAUCAGCGUCAUCAUCCAGAUCCUCACUGGCAUCCUUAGCGGCAUCCUCAACCUCGCCCCCCAGGCCUUCUCAUUAAUCCCCUAGACCCCUUCAUGCAUGGCUCCAAUAUCAGCUGGAGCUACUGGUCUGGCCGUGGCCCUGUUGAUCUAUCAUCGACGCUAUAAAUAACUAAGCAUAAAUUAAAUCAAUGCGUGUAGCAGGCAUGAUAUGUUCAGUUGGCCUGCUUUACUUUAGUUUGUGUUGCCAAAUCAUCACGUGUGUUACUAUAUAAAUCACCUACUCGUACCAAUCAGCAUGCUUCUAAGAAGCACUUAUAUGUAUAUUGUGUAACUUUUAUUUGUUGCCUCGUCUCUUGAUUGUGAAAAAUCAAAGUUAUGUUUGUAAUAAUUAUACCACUAAACACAAUUAAUUGCAAUGUGGUUGUGCAUA